AUGACUGUGGCUAUCUCUCCCUAUCCUUCUCCAGAUGAAGAAAUCAUUAUCCGAGCUGUUGAAAAGCGUAUGGAGGAAGCCAUGGCUCCCUAUGAUCCGUCUCACGACGCGUACCAUGUCCGUCGCGUCCGUAGAACGGCUCUUCAGCUCGCAAGAACGAUUUCUCCAUCUUGUCUCAAAGCUCCAGAUCUCCUCGUAGUCGAAAUCGCCGCUCUUCUUCAUGACGUCCUUGACAAGAAAUAUGCCCCUCCCGCUGCGCUUAUCGAUCCUUACAAUACGUACUUCGCUCCUUUCUUCCAAUCUCUUACAGAAAAAGUGCCGAGCAUCGAUUUGGUAAAGGAUGGAAGAGCCAAGGACAUCGCGAUGAUUGUCGAGAAUGUUAGUUGGACGACAGAGAAAAAGUUGAGGGGCGAAGGGAAGUGGGGGAGUUGGCAUGAGCAGUGCGUUGAAUUGCAUUGCGUGCAGGAUGCGGACAGGUUGGAUGCAAUUGGAGCUUUCGGGAUAAUGCGUGUGUCCGCCUACAGCGCUGCCAUCAACCAGGUAUCUCGCGGCGAUAGAACACUUCAUGCACCGCAUGGAGACCCCGUCCAACCUACGACAGCAAUUCAACACUUCCACGAUAAACUUCUUCAUAUCCGCGAACGCAUGAAGACCGAGCCAGGCAAGAAAAUGGCCGAAAAGAGACACAAAGUUAUGCUCGACUUUCUCGACGCCAUAGAUGAGGAGUAUGACGGCAAGCAAUAG